UUUGUAAAAUCAUUUUUCGGAUCACUCUCGUCGGAAUUUAUUUUCUUUUGAACCCUACCUUUUCCUUCCUCCUCUGCCACCGCUUCCCCCAAUACCCGGCAGGCAGCCACUGCAACCCAGCCAGUCGGACACUGCCGCCGCCGCACGACGCUCUUUCCCGACGCCGCUGCCGCUGUCGCUGCCCAACGUCAGCACGCCCUCCCUCGGCUAUCGCAGUCUUUUGGUCGUUUCCUCUCACACCUUUCACACUUUGCCGCCUUCUGCGUAGUUGACCUAAAAUGGUGGAGUGGAGAAGGUAGCAGUUGAUGGCAGUUCUUCCUCAACGAAUUUUUUUAUUCAAAAACUUGAAACUACCAUGUGCAAAGAACUUACUUGUUUUAUAAGAUUUCCCUGCACUCAAUCCUAACCAAUGGGUGAUUACUGAACUUAUGCUACUGAAUAACUCCCGGCGAUUGAUUGAAGCUGUGUGAUUCUUCAAAAAUUUCUCGGAAAAUUUUAGUUUAUGGGGUUUUAAGAGUUCAACUGCAGUAAUUCAAUUGUUCUUAGUUUACCCCCCGUCUUCUACGAGCAUUUUUAAAUGGUGGAGGAUGUUGAAUCCAAGCCUGAAUCAUCUAAUUCCUGCUGUAAAGUGUGGAAAGAUUUGUGCACGAAACUCGAAGAAAAGAGAAAUGCUUUACGGCAGGCAACGAAACUCCUUAAUGAACAAUGCAAGAGGAUUGAGAUGGAGAAUCGUAAUCUUAAAAAAGGGUAUGAGGAGGAAAAGGCUCGAGCUUCUAUUGAGAGAGAGGGCAAAGACAAAGAAUCUGCUAUUAGAGUGUCUUUAGAGAGGGAAAUUUUGGACUUGAAAUCUCAAAUUUCAUCAUUGAGACAAAAUGAUGUGGAGGCAGUUAAUGUCCUAGGGGAAGUAGAUCAUCUUAAUGCACUUGUUGCUGAGAGUAAGAAGGAAAUUGUCCAACUAAAAGAACUUCUAGAAAUAGAGAAGAGAAGGAAAGAUGCUGAAAGGAAUAAUGCUGAAGCGAGGAAAGAGGAGGCUGCCCAAGCAUUGAAAACUGUCAAGAUUGAAAGGAGUAAGGUUAGCGACUUGAGGAAGUUUCACAAAGCAGAAAUGGAUAAGGUUAAUGAUUGCAGACAACAACUUGGGAUGUUGCAAAAAGAAUAUGAAGAAACAAAGUUAAAGUUGGCUAGUGAAACAUCUAAACUAAUUGAGGUAAAGAAAGAUCUAGAGGUUGAAAAGCAAAGGGCUGUCAAAGAGAGAGAGCGUGCAGAUUCUGAAAUAUCUAAAGCUCAGGCUUCAAGGAUAAAAGCUGAAGUAGCCAUGAAACAGGCUGGGGAAGAAAAAUCUAGGGCUGAAAACUUAUUUCAGCAACUGGAAAGAAUGACAUGCAAGAUUAAGGAAUUGGAGAAGGAGGUCAAAGAACUUCAGACUGUGAAAAUUUUUAUUGAAUCCUGUUGUGGCCAACAGGUUAAGAAAACUAAUAGGAAGGGUGCGAAAAAGAACGAUAAAACUUGGAUGGAAAUGAUACAGAGUAAUGCAAAUGAAUUAAAGUUGGCUUUUGAGUUUUUGAAGGCUAAGGAGUUUAACACAAUGCAUAAGAUGGACAGAAAUUUGGGGAUUAUAAAGGAGAAGUCAGUAGAUUCCAGCUUGAUAGAAUCAUCAGAACUGAAAAACCAUUUGGAGAUUUAUCGCAGGAAGGCCAUGGAUGAACAAUGCCGUGCUGAUAAAUUGUCUCUUGAGUUAGAAGAAAAGAAAAGGAAGGUUGAGAAAUUGCAGAAGAACGUACGUGAAUUGAAGUCUUCUGGGAAAUUCGUGAAUGCGUCUGGUGUUUCUUUAGAACAUGCUAUGACUUCUGAACGUGCAGAAAUGAAGCUUUUGAAAAAAAAGCUAAAGUUUGAGAAAACGCGAUUGAAACAUGCUAGACAAGUGGCUAAAGUGGAAAAAACUCACCGUACCAUUAUUCAACAAGAACUGAGUCGUUUUAAGCUAGAAUUUGUCCAGCUGUCAAACCACUUGGAUGGCCUACAUAAAUUUGCCUCUACUGGCACUAAGGAUAAUAAUGAGUUGGAAAAGACGAUGAAUGCUAAGAACUUGCAAAGUUUGUAUUCAAAGAAGAAUGUACGUGCUAUAGAGGCAUUCCAAACCUGGAUGCCUGAUACUCUCAGGCAGACCACCCCGCAACCCAGUGCUCCGCUUCUUCCUUUGUCUGGAGUGAAUCAUAUCACAUCUUUAUCAGGUAUUGAGUCUAGGUCGGAGUCCUUUCCUGGAGACUCUAACAGAAAAAUGUUACAAAGUUGUGCAGUCAAUUCAAGUACUGCAUCUUUUUCUGAUGGUCAGUUGGUCGGCUCACAGGAAAAGGCUGGCCUUUGUUUGACCGCAACGAAACUGGUUGGAGAGAAUUUGAAUGUGCAACCAAGAAUAUCUAACUUAUCUAGUGAAGUUAGUAAGAUGCAAAGCAAUGAAAACCUGACUAUGAUGGCUGAAAAUAGCGGAAGAAGUCCUAUUAAAAACCAUGUUGGGAGAGCUAAUGAAAAGCAACAAAAGAGAAAAAGGACCACUGGAGCUGUUGAAUCCAUUGAUUAUUUAUAUCAUGAGAAGAAGAAAGUGCAUUCUCAGGUUGAAGAGCUCUUGCAUGCUCUAAACAGUCCUUUAGAAAAGAGUGGACAUGUGAUUUCAAGCUUGCUUCAAGAUUCUUCUGCUGAUAAGAAAAUUCAGAAGAGAAAAAAGGCUUUGUGCCAGAAGAAAUUAAAGGUGCAACGUGUACUUGGUGAUAGUGAAAGGAAGUUGGAUAGAGUUGACAAUGAAGUUUGUGUGCCCAAAAGUAGUGGUAGGCAACCUUCUCAACCUGUCAGCAAACUUACGGACAGUUUCCAGCCAUGUGCAGAGGAACUUAAUAAUUCUAUCAUAAGUGAACUUCAAACCUUAGAAACUUUUGGGAAUAUAGCAGAUGUGGACUAUAUGAAAUUGCUAGAUCUGGAUAGUGCUGCUGAUGAGGAAUGUUACAGGAGAGCAGUGGAAAUGCCACUGUCGCCUUCACUUCCAGCUAUUUAUAUUCCUGGUGCUGAAACCUCUGCUUUGAAUGAUUUUGAUUCUUUAGUAGAUGAGUUCCAGAAAGAAUUGCCAGAUGAUAGAAAGGAUGAACCACAAUCACAUAGCGAUGGUGUCACUGAUGUUGAGAUUAAGUCCAAUUAUACGGAAUCCUGCAACUUUGACUUGGUAGGAGAUAUUCAUAGUCAACGCCAAGUUGAUUCAUGUUCAAUACAAGGGAGACAUGAGAGGGAUCUUUUCGAUAUUGUGCAGGCAGAAAAUAACUGCCUGGAUCAGGUUGAGGUCAGUCUAGGGAUGCCUGGGACAAACGUUUCUCUCUCUGGUUGUGAAGGGGUGGACAUAUCAGAAAUUAUAUCUGGAACCCUGGACAACUCUAUCCCUGACUUUUGUGUUCUUUUCUCUGAUUCAAAAGACUGUCAGAGCAUCUUUAGAAUUUUUUCAGCAACUAAGGCUUGUAUAAAGAGGAGCUCUAUGAUUAGUCAAAAAGAAUGGAUGGUGCAAGGGAUUUUGGCUUCCCUAAACAUGGAGCAUGAACUUUUAUCGAAGGAGAAGACUUGUGUAUUCUUUUCCUUGUUGCUGCUCAACUUCACCAUUGUUGCUGUGCAUAAAUAUGGGAACAUUUUGAACUGCGAUACGUGCUUGGAUUCUUUUUCGGCGCACAUAUGCGAAGCAAUGCUUGAUCUGGAAAUAAGGAGUUUGUUUGCUAAAUUGCUUAGUUUGGACAAGUUACUUGCCCUCAUAGAAGACUUCCUAGUAGAUGGACGGAUCCUGUCAUGUACAGAUGCCUCUCUUGAGACAUUGACGAAGGGGGUUUUGAGAGUCAAUAUCCCUAUCGAUGGAGUAAACAGAAUAUUGUCACUUACCCCAGCGUCAACGGAGUAUUUGAUUGCAGGAAGUUCCAUACUAGCAUCAAUUUUUAAGGCAGUUCAUCGUACUGAUCUUCUUUGGGAGGUAUCAUACAGUAUUUUGAGAAGCUGCAGGCAUGAGCCUUCGUUGAUGUUGACAUUGCUUCAUAUUUUUGCACAUAUUGGUGGAGAUCAGUUUUUCAAUGUGGAAGGUUACUCUACUCUGAGGGCUGUCUUGAAAUCAAUAAUCAUGCACCUUGAGAAGGUUGGAUCAUCAGAUGAUGCUACUUUCUCCCCACUCAAGAGAAAUUGCAGAACAGAGUUUGCUCAAUGUGCUAGCUGCCCUUUUUCAGAGGAAGCCAUGUCUAUGCCCACGACUAUCUCGUUUCUGUUGCAAUUGAUCCGGAAGAAUAUAUCAAAUGGGAUUAUGGAUGAAGAUUUAGAAAAUCCAACCAGUUCGUUAAAUCUGGAAUCCUUCCUCAAGAGGAAUAUACCAAAUCAGAGCCGUAGUAAAAAUUCAAGUGAAAAAGAGGUCCGUCCAUCAUUGUAUUUGGACACUGAUGCUUCUUGUUUUUUAAAGAAGUUCAGGGUGUCUGAUGAUGAACCACACUUUCUCUUCAAUCCAUCAUUGUCUGAUGUUAUCGAUACCAUCUCAUUGGUCGAACUUCUAGCGGGCUACAUGAGCUGGAAUUGGACAUUUGCUAACAUUAUCUCUCAACUCAUGGAUUUAAUGAAGUCAUCUGCUAAGAAGGGCUUCGCAAUUGUGAUUCUUCUUGGCCAACUAGGGAGGUUAGGCGUAGAUGCUGGAGGCUUUGACGAUGGAGGAGUUAAGAUCUUGAGAUUUAAUCUAUCAGCAUUUCUUUGCUUGGACACUACCAUUAAAUCAGGUCUCUGUGUUCAAAUUGCUACGGUUUCUGCCUUGUUAGGCCUUCUCCCUUUUGAUUUUGAAACUAUCAUUCAAGAUAAAGUAAGCUAUCUAGCCUCUUCGAGUCACUAUGCUGAGGUUAACUUAAUAAAGACGUGGUUUUCUUUAUUAAGUCCGAAACAGAAGGAGUUGUCACGUAACAUUUUACAAGUUGGUGUUUGCAAUGUAAGCUGAUAUAUAUUUGAUAUUUCCUUUCUUGAUGCAACGUUAACCUAACUGAAGUUUUGACCUGUUUCUGAGGCAUGGACAAGAGUUUAUCGCUACCAAUUUUUGAAGACUCACCUGUAGAUACUUAGGAAAUUGAAGAUUUGUACAUAUCUAUAGCCUAAUCUAUUUUUCUUCCGCACUUUAAAGAGGAGAGGAUACAUAUAGUUUUAUGUAUUGUUUUUAUUGAGUACAUUAAUAGUCCUGAAAUCAAAAUUUGUACAUUAUCCCAUUAA